AGAAGAGAAAAAAAAAGAAAGAAACAACAAAGAAAAUACAGAAAAGAAGCUCAGAAAAGUUGCAGAAACGAAGGAAAAACAACGCUACCUUCUCCAUAUUUCUUCAGUUUAUCAAAUCGAUAAUCAUCAAAAUAAAAAACGAAAAAAGGAGUGAAGAAGAAGAAGAGAAAAGGCAAAAGGCAUAAUGGGACAAGCUUUUCGCAAGCUAUUUGAUACUUUCUUCGGCAACUCUGAGAUGAGGGUUGUGAUGCUAGGGCUGGAUGCGGCUGGGAAAACAACUAUAUUGUACAAGCUGCAUAUAGGAGAAGUUCUGUCUACAGUUCCUACUAUUGGUUUCAAUGUAGAAAAAGUGCAGUACAAGAAUGUGGUUUUUACUGUGUGGGACGUUGGAGGACAAGAGAAACUAAGACCACUUUGGAGGCAUUAUUUCAAUAACACAGAUGGACUGAUUUAUGUCGUUGACUCUUUGGAUCGAGAGAGAAUCGGAAAGGCAAAGCAAGAGUUUCAGGCGAUCAUUGGAGAUCCAUUUAUGCUUAAUGCUGUCAUCUUGGUUUUCGCUAACAAGCAGGACAUGAAAGGAGCAAUGACUCCAAUGGAAGUGUGUGAAGGCCUCGGUCUUUAUGAUCUUAAAAACCGGAAAUGGCAUAUACAAGGUGCAUGUGCUCUUAAAGGAGAUGGUCUAUAUGAGGGUCUAGACUGGUUAUCAAGCACUUUGAAAGAUCUCAAGGCCGCUGGGUACUCUUCAGUGGGGACUUCUGCCUUCUGAUUGAUCAGGCUUAGUAAGAACCUAUUUGAGGGACAAAGCUGAUUACCCUGCCGUCAGUAAAUUAAAACGCCUGAACUCACAUUGAACACUGUUACUUGUUCUUUCGGGUCUGUGCUUUUAUAUAGUGGAAUUCUGAUCUAGGGUGAAGCUUGACUUUUGAUUCUGCUGUAUCCUGAAAAUGUGGGCCUUGCAAUUGGUCUUCCCCGUAUACAAGAAUUGUGUCUGUUGAUACCUACUGUAGUAUUUUAAGUAUGUAUACUUCCACAUGAAAUAGGUGAUCAUUGAUCUCCCUAACAAGCAUGCCAAAUCGAUCCACCCUGCUUCAUGAAUAGUAUGUCCCCUUAUCACUCCGGUUUUUGCCUCUAAGCAUGUGUUCUUUUGGAACAGUGUAUCUACACUCAGAUAAUUGUCUCUCUUCCACUAAACCUUUUAGGCAUAAUCCCAUUAUGCUUUCUGAAAAGUGAAAUCAACAUUUCUCAGUUGUGUUGCAUUGAAAUGAUGUUUAUGGAAAUAUUGUGGAACUUGACUACUUGAAAGGUAUUUAAAUCUUGA